AUGUUUGUGGACAUUGUGGUCUGCUUUGUUGGCACUGCUGCAGGGGUGGAUAGCAAUCUCCAUGAAGAAGCUGACUUAGUUGUUGAACGUGGAAAACCGGUAAAUGACCAUAACACCCCUGAUCUAACUUUUCUGGACAUUGUUGUCCCUGGCGUGCCUGAAUUUGAUCGGAAACUUGGUGCACCUGCAAAAAGGAUGGCUCCAUUGGUGACCCUGCAGAAGAAGGUGUAUAUGUCAAUACUAAGAAGAGAGCUUCCUAAGCUUCUAGCAUUGUCUUCUGGAACUUUUAGCCAUCAAUCCUUGGAGAAGAUUGUAAUACAACUACGUAAAGCAAGUAGUCAUCCUCACCUCUUUGCUGGUAUAGAGCCAGAACCAUAUGAAGACGGUGAACACUUGGUUCAGGCAAGUGGCAAACUGGUAGUCUUAGACCAGCUACUUCAGAAGCUACAUAUAUCUGGACACCGUGUUCUUCUGUUUGCACAGAUGACACAUACACUUGAUGUCUUACAGGACUAUAUGGAGUUGAGAAAAUACCCUUAUGAUCGGCUUGAUGGAUCCAUCAGAGCUGAAGAGUGGUUUGCUGCAAUACGGAGUUUUACCCGAAAGUCCGGAAUUGGAAAUUCCAAUUCCGAAGCUGAUUCCGACUCUGCAUUUGUCUUCAUGAUUUCCAGCAGAGCAGGGGGUGAUGGGAUGAAUCUUGUAGCUGCUGAUACUAUCCGUGAUGAAGGCACAAAAUGGUCAUUUCCUGUUCAAAUUGAGAAGGAAGACACCAUAUUUCUUGUUUUGAAGGAGGAAGAUGGCACUCCAGAAAUUUGAAGGACUGGAGUUCGAGGUUAUGAAGAGGGAUCACGUUUCAUUGUUGUACUCCGUCGUGGACCAAGAUAUGGCCCCAUUAGG